GGUGUCGGCGCAAGCCAGACAGAUGUGCCGUCCAGCACAGCGGCUUCGCUUCUGAAGAACAGGAGUGCGAAGGAUUUUUUCGCCAGACUUGGCUUCGUUGGGAUUUUCGUCACAGAGAACAUUAUGCAUGCCAUCCAUUUCGAAUUCGAAGUGGAUCACAUGGUGUCUCCUGCUGUGGCUCCUCUGCCGCGAGAGUUUGCAGUGAGUUUGCAUCUCGUUCACAUCAUCUUCGGCCUUUUUGGUGCAAUUUUCGUCCUUGUUUCUGGCUUUGACACCGCUGGCCGCACAGCUCUCACCAAAGGAACAUCAAUGAUGCUGGUGUUCAUGGCCACCAUUACUUGGACUUGGUGGAUAAAUCGGCAAGGUGUCGUCUACUGGCACUUGGAUCCUGUUCCGUUCUGGGACGUGAACUGUUCAGCCGAGAAGCGGAACCGGACUGUUCACAUUUUGAAGAACAUCUCCAUUGUUGGUGCCCUGACAAUGCUGCAGCAAAUGGCCAAGUAUGAAUCGAAGGAUUCUCCUGGGCGUCCAUCCUUCUUGGAAGGUUUGAUUACAGCUUUGAGGCCUUGGAGCUUUGCGGGGAUCAUUGGCCCGUACCUGGUUCUUCUUGCAGUUCUGCGAUGCCUCCUUCACGUUGAGCUGCCUGGAUACACGAUUGUGUUUGUGCUACUCGUCUCCUUGCUAGCCGUGCAAGCAACGGCCAAUCUCGUGAACUCGUACAAAGAUUUCGAGAAGGGAAUUGACACGGUGGAAAGUGCUGGUGAUCGAACUUUGGUGGAUGGUCUGGUGUCCCCGACAAUGCUCAAGGCGCUGGCUGCCAUUGCGCUCUUGUGGUGGCUGAUUUUCUUCUUCUGGUCUGUGCUGGCUACGAACUUCAGUUUGACAGUGCUCAGCUGGGCGACAGUUGGCACUCUACUGGCCUUCGGCUACACUGCUGGACCUGCCCCGCUGAAAUACAUUGGCCUUGGCGAUCUAACAGUGUUCAUUUGCUUUGGCCCGGGUGUGAUCACGUACUGCUCCGUCGUUCUUGUGGGUACAGUUAUGUGGCAAGCCUUGCUGCUGACUGCACCGGCAUCGCUGUAUGUAGUUGGCAUCUUGCAUGCGAACAACUACAGAGACAUAGAAGUUGACAGCAUGGGAGGUGCCAGAACAGUUGCCAUCCUGCUCGGGCCGAAGGCAUCUCUGGUCUACUACAAUGUCCUUGUCCUGGGAGCACACAUUCUGGCUCUGGUUUUCGGCUGGAUCUGCGGGUGCUAUGGCGUGGCCGGAACAAUUUUCGUGCUGCCGCAGUCUCUGUGGCUAUGCGUUCGCAUACGUCGCCCUCAUUUGCUUCGUGACCAAGAUGAGGAGACCGCAAAAUCGAUGAUGAUGUUCAGCGUGGCCCUGGCGCUUGGGAUCCUGUCCAUGCCUGGUGAGAGCUUGUCUGCCCUCUCCAUGGGCAUCUGUGCUCUCGUCACCUUCGUGCUCAAGGUCGCGGUGCCGCACAUGUCGCAGGUGGUGCGGGGUGCAAGCCGAGUUGAAGGACUCGGGGCGCCGAUGUGCAGCGCAGCGCCAUCGAGCCCAGCAUUACAGCCACCAAGGAGGGUGGCGACGGCUUCAGUAGCAGCCCCGUCGGCGACAGCUAGUUGGGCCCCUGCAGCGAAUACACCUGCCCCAGUUGCGACAGCGUACCCUGCACAGCCAGCUCCAACUGCCAAUUCUGGGCAGGCGUGCCAGCCAGGGACGGCAGAGGUCUUGAGGGCUGGCAGCGUGGCCUGCAGUGUGACCCUGCCGGUGAAGGUUUCAUCCGAGAGCUCAGGUUCAGCACAUGCUGGAGCCAGCUUAUCCACGGAGGCCGCAGCUCGCGGUGAGGAUCACACUGGCACAUCUGGAGGUACUCAGCAAGCAUACGCUAGCGAGGGCAGCGUUGCAGCAAGCGCGGGAGAUGCGACAGUUGGGGCGCUGCGCUCUGAAAUCGAAGGAUUGCGAGCAGAGUUGGACGUCUUGCGCGCGCUCCUUGAUGAAGGUCUGCAGCAGAGACAGGAGGCUGAGCGCUCCCAGAACGCGCUGAUCUCCAAAGUCGAGCAGCUUUCCAACUGCAAGCUACAUGCACAGCAGCAAAUGAGAGAGGCGCACACGGAAAUGCAAUGGCUAAGGGGUGAGCUUGCUCGCUGUCACCGACAUGCUCGCAGUGAGGAAUUGGAGACGUGGCCAGAGGACAAGAUAGAUCGGGAGCCUCCGAGGACCGCUUCCUGGUCACCUCCAAAGAAAUCUGCUUCUUCCCCACCGAGUCCAGGGCGACACCGUGCCAGAGCAAAUCCAGCACAGAACUGUGCAGCUCUCGGUAGUGAUGCGACCUUUCAAUGUGGCAAGGGAAUGUCGCGCAGCUCUAGCUACAAGGGUGCAUCGUAUGAGCCCGCUCCGCACACAGACGAGGUGGACGAGAUGUGGCGCUGUGCGCUUCAGCGCUUUCCGCAGCAUCCUCAUUGGUGCCUCGUCAAGGAGAAGCGCUGCGUUUACCGCAUGGGCAGUCAACAUGGCAAGAAGAUCGUUUGCCGAGUCACGCAUGGUGGGUUGCAGGUCCGUGUGGGUGGUGGUUGGAUGGCAGCGCUGCCAUUCCUCGAGAGGUAUGGUCCAACGCACAUGGGACAGAAGAAUGGUGAAGACCUGCAGUACAAUUGCACGAAUGUUGACUUGCCCCCAUCUAUGGAGCGCCUUCUGGUCCCAACAAAGAGCUGGGCGCAGAGGAUAGGAAUUAGCAAGACGCCUGACCUGAGGGAGCAGCGCAGGCUGCAGGUGGAUGCUGAGGACGAUCCGCCAGAGGCAAAUGCAAGAACGCGGUCAAUGUCGCAAAAGCGCAUGGCAUGGAGCCACCUGGCUACUGCACCGGAUGGCUUGGGCCAUGCAUCCCAGGCUACUUCGGAGGGCGAGGGCUCGCAGGCACUACAGCCUCUGCCAUGGCCUGGUCACACGAGGUGCAGGCAGACAGAGCGGGGAAAGCUGUGA